AAAAGCCGUGGCAAUCCAAACUGGUGGCACUCUAUACUGAGACGCUCGUCCACAAAGUACGCGUUUUCACGAAUUUUCAAACGUGCUGACGCGGCAUAUUGUAAACUCCUGUCGGUUUACAUAUGCAGUGUUAUACGUGGCAUUUCUCUGGUGGAAAAUUGUUAAGAGACGUACUUUUGAAUGGAGAUUUCUUCUUGAAGCAAAUUGAAGAGUUUAUGUUGUUUAGGGAUAACUAGGGAAGUUGAGAAGAAUAGACAAACAUCACAGAUCACACUAGAGCUGUGUUAACUGGUACAGCAGAUCCAGUACAAAUAGUACUGACUAUUUAAUUGCAGGCAUCACAUAUUCCGGUCCAGAAUGAAGGAAUUUGUUGUCACAAUUUUGGGAUCAUUGGUCCUUGUUUGUUUUGUUGCCCAAUGGAUUGCUUCUAGAACAAAAUCACAACUGGUAGCUUCGCUCAACCCAGAGUUCCAAAAGUUCCAAAGAAUUUUUUUUGCACCAUAUCUCUUGGCACUUUUCUCUGAUUGGCUUCAAGGUCCAUAUGUCUACAGGCUUUACAGUCAGUAUGGAUAUGCUCCUAAAGAGAUUGCAUUGCUAUAUAUUGUUGGAUUUGCUGCAAGUUCUACGGUUGGAACUUUUACUGGGCCCUUGGCUGACAUGUUCGGUCGUAGACGUCUCUGUUUAGCUUUUUGCUUUAUUUAUACAUUUUGUUGCCUCACAAAGAUGAGUCCGAAUUUCUGGUGGUUGUUCGCUGGUCGCUUGUUCGGUGGUGUUGCCACGUCCAUUCUAUUUUCCACUUUCGAGGCAUGGUAUGUGUGUGAACACACGGAAAGAAAUGUGUUUCCCGCCGACUGGAUCUCUUCAACCUUUUCAAUAUCUACAUUUUGGAACGGAAUUUUAGCAAUCCUUUCUGGUGUUGUUGCCGAUAUUGGAGCUGAUUGGCUUAAUUUUGGUCCUGUAGCUCCGUUCAUGACUGCCAUCCCCUUUCUAAUAGCUAGCGCUGUAUUAAUUUCUCUCAGCUGGCCUGAAAAUCACGGGAGCCGUCAAUUUGGCCUCGGUCGUUCUUUUGUUGAAGGCCUUCGGACGAUAUUCAAUGAUUACACAAUCCUGCUUUUAGGACUAGUGCAAUCCAUGUUUGAAUCAAUCAUGUACAUUUUCGUUUUCUUGUGGACUCCCAUCCUUGAUUCUUCUCAAUCCGCAAACGCCUGGCCAUUGGGAUUGGUCUUUUCCUGCUUCAUGGUUUGCAUUAUGAUUGGAUCGUCUUUGAACACGCUUCUUCUUAAUCGCAACAUUCGUCCUUCUACCAUCCUUCUGAUAAGUGUAACCUGUUCUGCGGUUUCGAUGAUUACGUGUGCUUGGUCAACCAACAUUCAACAUCGCCUGCCCAUCCUCAGUUUUCUAGCAUUCCUUUUAUUGGAAGUUUCUGUUGGCAUGUACUUUCCAGCAAUAGGCUAUCUACGCAGUCAAGUGAUUCCAGAAUCCCAAAGGGCAAGCAUCAACAAUGUUUUUAGGGUACCGCUCAAUUUGAUCACAUGCACCGUCCUUUACUGUUUACAUAGAAACGAUGAUGCUGGAGGCAACCACGCGUCGGGUGGCGAUCAAAACGCAUUUCUCUUUAAUGUUGCGCUUAGUCUGGUGGGCUUCAUUUCUGCUUUGGCAUUCAGCAAAAGAUUUGAAGAAAAAACCAAGACAAUUGACGAGAAGAAUGAGCCCUUGAUAUAAUUGUUAUAAGGUAUUAUACUAAAGGUAUUAUUAAGCAAGGCAGGGGAUUGACACAAAGUUAGCAAAGAUUCACUCUGCUUUUUUUUACCGAUUCAUAAUUUGACGAGGUUUGUUUUACUGAUUUUGUAUUCCAAUUGAUUGAGGCAAUCAUUGUUUUCUUUUUACUUUUGGCACUUUAUUUCUCGUACUCCCAAACCAAAAUCAAAAGUACUGAAUGGUGCUUCCUCGUAACCAAAUGUGACAUAACCAAUCACUGCAAUAUUUAUACACGUGAUUUAAGGGA